AUGCUUGUGUCGUCUACUUUGUGCCCCUCAGAUCGCUCUUCGGUACAUUUAUUCGUCGUACAUUAUGACGAAGACCGUGUCUUGGUGCCCGUAGAUCCAUACGCGAAGUACGCGGACUUGCAGAAUUACGUUGCGAGGGAAUGGAAUCUCGAAAGGGAGAGCAUCGCCUUCGAAACGGAUGAGCUGAAUAUCUGCGCGGGGAAAAGAAUACGGAUCCACGAAGAAGCUUGGAUAGUGGUAAAGGACAUCGUAGGGAAUGUGUACGUCCGUAUUCGAUAUCCCAGCCACAGACGGGCUAAAUCGGAAGGGCGACAAGAAAUACUCGCACCUGCUGUAAAAUGUGAACAGAAGCGCGAGGUGCUCGAAAUGACCCGAGAACCGUCAGAAUCUGCGGAUGAAGCAGAAGUAGAACAACAGACAAGGACGGAGAUUCCUCAAAGCGAAUACAUUGAUGUCGCUCCCACAGACGGCAAUCAUGGCCAGGAUGCUGAAAUAAAUAAUCACGAACAUGACCCAGCAAUUGCCGCUACACGAAGUCCAAGAAAGCCAAAACCUUUGGGAGACACACUGAACCUCUUCAAUGAUGAAGCUGAUGCGGAAGAGGAGGGUGAAGAGCCUCUGAAGGAGAAGGAACCAUCAACAAAACCUGGUCUUGCAAAGGAGCCGUCCUCCGGACGUAGAUUAACCUGGAGGCAGCUCCUAAGCUCAGGUAGAGCAGCCGCUGAGAAACCACCUAAUAGCGCAACUACAGCAACAACCAUUGAGUCAACUUUAUCCACUUACACACCUCGCUCUGCCGGAGAAUCUCAGGCAAAAAGUCAAUUACAUCAUGAGCAUUCCCCAGAAAGGGCAGGAUCAGGAGAUCCAGAACGUGUACUUAUCAUAGUUGAGCCUCCACCUGAUAGCAUCUACGAAACUCGGGGCUUUAGAAUUCGACGCGAACACUCUGUACGCACUGUCCUCAAGGGUGCAUCGAAAGCAUUCAAGAUCGAUCACACUAAAGCACGACUAAGGAUGGUUGUUGACGAAGAUGAUCAGGGAAAACUCGUCACGGUCAAAUGCCAUGACAACGAAACAAUGACGUCUCUCAAGGUAGAAGAAAGCCAACGCUUCGUCAUUACUAUGAUCCAUGAAGAGGAAGAGGAGGAAGAGGAGAGCGAAGCCUGAGUUCCUGUGGUGGUCUGUUUACUCGAGCUUAUCAUGAAUCAACACG